UUAUUUUGAAAAAACAACACGGAAGUUACACCGAUCAUUCACCUCGAAGAAACACGUUGCGCUAAGUUUUCUGUCACAAACAUCAUUAAUCGCUCUGCAAUCCAAUCGAGGGUGUGUUAUACAUUCGCAGAUUGUACGGAGCCUUUGUGGUAUGACAUGCUGUUUGUUAAUCUGCCACAUCUCAGUUAGUCAGGAAGGAAGGAAGGACUUGACCUGCACAACAACUGAAAUAAGCCGUUUGCUGCUGCACCACUCUGUAAGGAAAUGAGAGCGACAUUAUUUCUGUUGCUUACAAUUUCAUGCUGCUGCUUGGUUCGUGCCACUUUGUCCAAAACUGAUGUCAAGAAGUCACAUAAAGCUGAAGCUGAGACUUCCCCAUCAGAGUUGUCAGUGUUGGAGAGAGGCCUUGUUGUAUCAGACCCACAAUGGAAAGACAUAGUGAAGGAAGAGAAGAGAUACUGUACUCAUAUCAAAAAAACAUUUCAAGGAUCAGUUCUUGGAUAUGUCACACCUUGGAAUUCUCAUGGUUAUGACAUUGCCAAAAUGUUUGGAUCCAAACUAUCGUCAGUGUCUCCAGUGUGGCUUCAGCUUCAUCGACGAGCUCCUGAAACCUUUGAUGUAAGAGGUCUCCAUGACCAUGACUCAGGGUGGGUCAAAGCUGUACGCAAAUCUAACAAAAAAGUCAGGCUGGUGCCUCGGUUGUUAUUUGAUCGCUGGUCUUAUCAGGACUAUGUUAGCGUGUUGGGAAGUGAAGAUGAAAUUGAAGAGCUUACAAGCGAGCUUGUAGAUGUUGCAAAGACAGAAGGUUUUGAUGGUUUUACUUUGGAACUCUGGAGCCAGCUGGGAGGCAACAAAAGAAAGGAGCUGGUCCAUCUGGUAAAACACAUAUGUGAGACUUUGAGCAGUAAAAAAUUAUACUGCAUCCUCGUCAUUCCACCAGCUCUAACAAGUAUGGGACAGCCGGGUAUGUUUGGCAGGGAGGAGUUUGAGCAGUUGGCUCCAGUAGUGGAUGGAUUCAGCCUCAUGACGUACGACUACUCCAACACUGGCAGACCAGGCCCAAGCUCACCCCUGCCCUGGGUGCGAAACUGUGUCCUCCAGUUGUCACCCAAUAGUGAGUGGAGGCACAAGAUCCUGCUUGGGCUGAACUUAUAUGGCAUUGAUUUUGCAGAUCAAGCAACAGAACCAAUCCUGGGAGGCAGAUACAUUGAGAUCUUGCGUGAAUUCAAGCCAAAACUUCUCUGGGAUGAGUAUUCUGCAGAGCAUUAUUUCACUUACAAACGAAACAGCGCAGCUAAGCAUGUAGUUUACUAUCCAUCGUUGAAGUCCAUCUUCCUGAGGAUCUCUUUAGCUUCAGAACUUGGCACAGGAAUUUCCUUAUGGGAAUUAGGACAAGGGCUGGAUUACUUCUAUGACCUCCUUUGAGAACAAGGCAUCUUUCUCACAGCUGUCAACUUUGGAUCAUCAGCACAUGGAUUUUUGUUCUUCCAAAUAUAGUUAAUCACAAAACAUGCUCGACUUGCAGUUUUUUUUCCCCCUCAUGACAGAAAUGAACUUUCAACAUGGAUGAGUUAAUAAUCAACAGGUGCCAUUCCUGGAUUUGAGAUUGUUUGAUCACAGCAGACCAUUGAUUAGUUGAGUUUUAUUCCUUUUGACAUUGUGCAGCAUCAUUUCCACUCAGCAGUCUAUGCAUGACACAAUAUUUACAAAGUGAAAUGGUUGCAUUGUUGCCGAGAGCUCUUCACAGUUGACGUGCCAUAUCUGCAGCAAACUCAUCUUAAAGUGACGUUAAACCUUCUGUUGAGCUUAUAGUUGUUUGAAUGCUGCUCUUCAGAAACAUCUAGGAUUCCUUCUCACUUCCUGGUAUCGAUGCUCGAGAUGCAUCUGCUCCCAACAUCCAAGUGUGUUUGCUAUUUAAAUUAUUUUGGAUGUGUAGAUUUUUAUAAUGUUUGUAACAGUCACAUUGACAAGAAAAUUAACUUGCAUAUACAAAUGUUGCCAAAUGCAAUCUGUUCUCAGUGUCCCCCUCCUCAUGAACGUCUGUACAUAAAAGUGGAACAGUUGU